AUGGUGCUGCCCACCUGCCCCAUGGCGGAGUUUGCGCUGCCGCGGCACAGCGCGGUCAUGGAGCGCCUCCGCCGGCGCAUCGAGCUGUGCCGGCGCCACCACAGCACCUGCGAGGCCCGCUACGAGGCCGUGUCGCCCGAGCGCCUGGAGCUCGAGCGCCAGCACACCUUCGCCCUGCACCAGCGCUGCAUCCAGGCCAAGGCUAAGCGCGCCGGCAAGCACCGGCAGCCGCCCGCCCCGGCCCCCGCGCCCGCCCCGGCCCCGGCGCCCGCCGCGCCCGCCCCGGCCCCGCGCCUCGACGCCGCCGACGGCCCCGAGCACGGCCGCCCUGUCGCGCAUCUUCAUGACACAGUGAAGAGGAAUCUGGAUAGUGCCACCUCUCCUCAGAAUGGCGAUCAACAGAAUGGCUAUGGGGACCUCUUUGCUGGACACAAGAAGACACGCCGGGAAGCCCCUCUGGGAGUAGCUGUCUCUUCCAAUGGCCUGCCUCCAGCCUCUCCCCUUGGUCAGCCGGACAAGCCUGGUGCUGAGGCAUUGCAGGCCAGUGGGAAGCACCCUCUGGGACUGGACUCCAUCAACAAGAAGUGUCUGCCAGACUCCAGCCUUCACCUGAAUGGAGGCAGCAACCCUAGUGAGUCGUUUUCUCUUGGCCUGAAUAAAGAACUGAAGCAGGAGCCUGUCGAUGACCUGCCUUGCAUGAUUGCAGGGGCUGGAGGCUCCAUAUCUCAGAGCAACCUCAUGCCUGACCUCAACCUCAACGAGCAGGAGUGGAAGGAGCUCAUUGAGGAGCUAAACAGGUCAGUGCCUGAUGAAGACAUGAAGGAUCUGUUCAAUGAGGACUUUGAAGAGAAGAAAGACCCAGAGUCUUCUGGUUCUGCCACACAGACACCGUUGACACAGGACAUUAAUAUUAAGACGGAAUUCUCUCCAGCAGCCUUUGAACAAGAACAGUUAGGCUCCCCACAGGUAAGAGCUGGGUCUGCAGGACAGACCUUUAUGGGACCUUCAUCCGGCCCUACAAGCACAGAUUCACCUAGCCUAGGUGGCUCUCAGCCUCUGUUCCACACCUCUGGUCAGCCCGGGGCAGACAAUCCCAGUUCUAGCCUGAUGCCGGCAUCAGCCCAGGUCCAGAAUGCACAAAGAGCCCUCUCUGGUGUGGUGUUGCCUAGCCAAGGCCCAGGAGGGGCCUCAGAGCUCUCCUCUGCUCACCAGCUCCAGCAGAUCGCAGCCAAGCAGAAACGCGAACAGAUGCUCCAGAACCCACAGCAGGCCACCUCAGCACCAGCCCCAGGCCAGAUGUCCACGUGGCAACAGACUGGCCCCUCCCACAGUCCCUUAAAUGUCCCUUAUCCCAUCGAGAAACCUGCUAGCCCUCCCAGCUACAAACAAGACUUCACCAGCUCCAAACUACUCAUGAUGCCCAGUAUAAACAAGAGUUCCCCUCGGCCCGGAGGCCCCUACCUUCAGCCCAGCCAUGUGAAUCUGCUGACUCACCAGCCGCCAAGUAACUUGAAUCAGAGUUCUGUGCCUAACCAAGGGUCAGUGCUGGACUAUGGCAAUACCAAGCCCCUUUCUCAUUAUAAAGCGGACUGCGGGCAAGGUGGCCCUGGGGUUGGCCAGAGCAAGACGACUCUCAUGGCUUAUCUUCCCCAGCAGCUGCCUCAUCUGAGCAACGAGCAGAACUCCUUGUUUCUAAUGAAACCAAAGCCAGGAAGCAUGCCCUUCAGAUCACUGGUUCCACCUAGCCAGGAGCAGAACCCUCCCAAUGUCCCUGUGCCGGCCCAGGCCGCCAGUGUGGGGACCCAGCCCCCCGCUGCAUCUGCAGCCAGCACUCACAGCAACACCCCCUAUCUCAGCAGCCAGCAGCAGGCGGCUGUAAUGAAGCAGCACCAGUUGCUUUUGGACCAACAGAAACAGAGGGAGCAACAGCAAAAGCAUUUGCAGCAACAGCAGUUCUUGCAAAGGCAGCAGCACCUUCUGGCUGAACAGGAAAAGCAGCAGUUUCAGCGCCAUCUGACCCGCCCACCACCCCAGUACCAAGACCCAACUCAGAGCACCUUCCCACAACAGGUCGGACAGUUCACAGGAACCUCUGCUGCUGUGCCUGGCAUGAACAGCUUGGGUCCCUCUAACUCCAGCUGUCCUCGAGUGUUCUCUCAGGCUGGAAAUCUGAUGCCAAUGGGCCCUGGACACACUUCGGUUUCCUCUCUCCCUUCAAACUCAGGCCAGCAAGACCGGGGUGUGGCUCAGUUCUCUGGCUCCCAAAGCUUGCCACAGAGCAGCCUAUAUGGCAUGGCCUCUGGCAUAACCCAAAUAGUUGCCCAGCCCCCGCCACAGGCCACCAAUGGACAUGCCCACCUUCCACGGCAGACCAGUGUGGGCCAGAAAACCUCAGUUUCAGCUGCGUAUGGGCAGAACUCUCUGGGGAGCUCUGGCCUCUCCCAACAGCACAGUAAGGGGACCCUGAACUCUGGUUUAACUAAGCCACAGGUCCCAAGGGUGUCAGCAGCCAUGGGAGGCCAGAAUCCCUCAUGGCAACAUCAGGGAAUGCCAAACCUGAGUGGGCAAACCCCAGGCAACAGCACUGUCAGCCCCUUCACUGCAGCAUCCAGUUUCCACAUGCAGCAAGCCCAUCUGAAAAUGCCUAGCCCACAGUUCUCCCAAGGGAUGCCCAGCAGGCCUUUGGCCCCCAUGAGCUCGACCGCUGCCGUGGGGUCCAUGCUGCCCCCCGUGAGUGCACAGCAGAGGACCAGUGCCCCCACCCCAACACCUCCCCAGGGAACCCCACAGCAGGGCUUACCAGGCCUGAGCCCAGCUGGACCUGAGCUGGGAGGCUUCAGCCAGAGUCCCGCCCAACCGAUGGGAGGUCGAUCAGGGUUACACUGCCCCCAGGCCUAUCCUGUGCGGACCUCAGGCCAGGAGCUGCCCUUUGCCUACAGCGGGCAGACGGGCAGCAGCGGACUGUCCAGCAUGACUGGAGACACCGACCUGAUCGACUCACUGUUGAAGAACAGGACUUCGGAAGAGUGGAUGAAUGAUUUGGAUGACCUUUUAGGGCCUCAGUAAUGGAAGGAUUUGUUUUUUCAGUAUUCAUACAUCCUGAUUUUUGUUCUCAGAUUCUUGAAAGAGCAACUUCUUUGGACCAAAAACCCACAACCUGGGGAGCUGGGUGGGUAGAGCCAGAGCCCCAGGGCUGAGGCCUGGCCCUGGCCAGGUCUCCAGGGCCCACCUUGAGCCAGCAGUUAUGGUCCGUCGGGCUGGUCCCAGCCCAUCUGCUGGCAUCUUUACCUGGUGCUGGAACAGCAGGACAGGGUUCUACAGGUGGUUUUCUAUCCAAGUGACCAAAAACCAACAGUAACAACAAUGAAACCCCACAAUGUCAGGCUUACAGAAAUCUGUGCGACCAUGUUGACUUAAUCAAAAAAAUGUCUCCACUUGCCCCAGUGUUGGAGACAAGUUUUAUUGAAACUAUAUAUAGCAGAUCUAUUUGCAAUUUGUAGCAUAGAAAAGAUUAAAUUUUUUAAAAAGCUUUUAUAACAGAUUAGGAUAGGUGGUGGUUUAAAUUGACUAAGUGGAACUGGAAACCUAGGGUUUCCUUCUGAUGGGGAGUUUUAUUCCUGCUUCGUCAGCUUUCAGGGGGAAGGGAGGGUCAUUGGAAAAUCAUUUCCGAAGUACAAGCUGUGACUGCGUGUGCCAAAAAAGGAACAGGAUGCCAUGAGGUAGUUGAGCUGGUGACACAGAUGUGGUCUUUCCAGAAGCUCCUCCUCCUCCCAGAGUGCUGUGCUUCCGUGUUGGUGUUUACCAGCCUCUGGCCCCCAAGGACUCUUCCUUCCAUGUGAUGGUAGCAGGACCCCAGACACACCCCCAGAUAAUGCUGAAAUCGAAUAUUUGGAAUUUUUAUAUCCUCUUUCGUUACAACUGCCUACCUUCUGCAGUUUCCCUGAAAACUCGUAUUUAACCUUGGGAAGGUGAUCAUUGCUGAAUUGUGCACAAAUUUUGUCUCUCUACCCUGUCUUCAUUUCCCAUGAGUACUUCUCCACCGCCCCCUCUGGCGCUCCCCCCAGCUCACACAGAAAACUACUUUAAGGCAACAGUGUGUUCGAUUGGACAGAGAAGAGGCAUUAAAAUUUCUUAGGGAGCUCUAGCCUUGUUGGGGUGGGGUGUGUCCUCCCCAGAAAGCAAUGGUCUGGAGGACAGAGAAAAACAGGUGUGCCCUGUUGGGUAGGAAGCUGCAGGCCAGGCCCAGAGGAAGGAAUUCCACUUUGUUUUACUACUUCUGCCACUCCCAGGUCAGACGCCUUGCACUUUUUAGAGGAUUGCUUUAUAACACUAAUACGUCCUUUCAAAGAUUCAAAUGGAUUUCUCUUUUAAGGUCUAUGAAUCAGUGGACUUGACUAAGCUGAGAGUCCACAGAGCAGAGUAUUAGGUGUGUGCUGUUUGUGGAAGAGGCAGGUGGCGUGCACUUUUGUGUAAUGUAAGCAAGAUGGUGAGCACGGGUGAGACCCUUCUACACAGAACGCUGGAGAGAAAGUACGCGCGCUGAGGAGCGCGGCUUGUCGAGGCAGAGUGUUCUCAGAGAAGCCACAGUCCCAUUCUCUCUUCCUGGACACUCAGAUCAUGAAAAGAAUAUCCCACGAAAAGACUUGAGCUGUGCAGAAUAGUCACAAAACCAGCGUGAGCAGCUUUGAGGGGAUGAGGGUUGUACACACAUGGGUCGUUACUUUAUACCAGCAGUGCCUUUCAUGGGGGUACUUGCACCCUCAGAUCUUCUUCUCUAAUAGCCAUGUGCCGCCACAGGCGGUGUUUGGGCCAUCUCCCCUUUAGAUGCCCUCCCUGCCUUUCCCAGAUGCCUGAUUUAGUCUCAGAGAAGGGAAUGAAUCAAAGGCAGUAAAGACUCCCACCUUGGGGUGAGUUCCCCAAUCUGAAGGGGAAGAAGGUGACUUCAGCAGGUUCUCUACCAAAAAUCGGGGGCUGCAGGCUGGUGAUGAGUCCUGUUCCUCUCCUGGCCUCCCUCUGGCUGCUGCUCACCUCUGUCCCAGGGCACUCCACCUCCCCGCCUGGGGGCGGCCCUGCCUUAGUCCUGGGGCUGCCUAGCCCCACUGCGCUUCGCACCUGCUGUGGUGUCAGAGCAAUAAAAUGUGAUGCUGGGGUCCUCCCAGGGAGCUGCCCGUGGCUUUAUUUAUGAACCUGGUUUGGGGGUGGUCAGGGGAGGAACCAACUCCCUUCAGCAUAGAUCCCCAUUUUCCAGGAGCCAUGACUCAAAAAGGGUGCUCGGACUUUUGUUAUACAUAUUUGCUUUGUGUAAAUAAAUGUUUACAAUUUUAUAUUAAAGAUGGAAUAAGCGUUAGAGCUUCUGACUGUAUAUUUUUUACUUUUAUAGAUUUUAAAACCGAUCCUUUAUAUAUGUGUUGGGGGGAGCUAUGAUAAGUUUUAUGGCGAACAGUUGGUAUUGUUAACUUUUUGUUGUUGUCAAAAUACAUAAAAAUCCUAUUAAUUCCCUUAUUCCUCUACUUCUUUUACUCUGGUAUACACCAAAAAGAAAUCUUUACUUUCCUUGUUUCAUCAUUAUGAAAUAAAGUAUUUUGCUAGUAUGGAAACUGCCCAUGUAUUUGACUUCAUGUGACUGCUGGGAGAGUAGAGGUGGUACCUGACUGCUUGGUUUGGUAGAUGACUUCCUUUUGUGGUUUUAGGACGUUCCUAUGGCACCCUGGGAGGGGCUGUUGCAUCAGAGUAACUUCUCUUGUCAGAUGAGAAGAAAUUAGAACUGACGGUUCUGGAGAUACCUGAGAGGGGACCAGCCGCAUCCCUGUGCCUAAUUUGUGGGAAGUUUGGCCAGAUAUUUAGGUCCUUAGAAAUUCAUGUUUUACUUAAAACCUUCAUGUAAGGAAAAUGAGUUGAUCAGGCUAUUUUUCACCUCCUCUACCCCCACCCCCCAAAACAGCAAGCGGACAGCCCAUAACCUUGAAAUGCUAUGGUUUCCAUAAUUCACCCAGCUGGCAAGCAACAGAUAGGCCUUGUACUUGCAACAAUGUAUCGGUUGUAGGGCUGUGUGUGGGCACAAAACUGUUAGAAGGAGGCUAGAAAUUCAGUUGCCCUGCUUGUCAGUCUCGCUCUUUUCUGGCUCAGUCUCUGCCUGCCUGUAUAUACCUUUCUGCAGGGGCAUUGAGGGCCUGAAAAAUCCACCUAAGCCUCCAAAAUUCUCUUCAUCUGGGAGAACUGACAGUGAACCUACCCGGCCUGCAGUAAUUUACACAACACCUUAUAUUUACCUUUAAAGUGUUUC